GUGGUGCGCUCUUCCACUCCAUAAUUUUGUGUUCAAAUUACCUCUCCCAAAGGCGGGAAUGUUCGGUUGCACACACCAUCCCCUCCUGGACAGGUUGAUCUCCCGUCCCCUGACCUCCCAACCUAAUUAUUUUUUAACUCCCAUAUAGGCUCCAAUCCCUUCUUCCUUUCUCUCUUCAUUACUUUUGGCACUUCGUAAUGUCUUUCAGACGCUCGUCAUCUAUCGCUGUUCGCAGAGAGAAAUCUUCGCUGGAGUCUGGAAGUGCUUCGAUAAUAGCAAGACCCCCAAGAAGAUCCUCUACAUACGGCGUAUCAACCCCAAUACACUCGCCUGCUUGGUCUGAAUCUACGCUCUCUACAGUCAGCACAAUCGAUCCUAGUGAUAUUAUUGAUCUACAAUCCGAAGCAUCGUCUUCUCAGCGCAUGAAACGAUCGUCCACGGAAGAUUCCCUUGCGGCCGUAUUAGCGGCGGCCAUUCAAAUGUCGUCUGUACCACUCAAGCAAAGAUCGAGCCUUUCCACAGGGAGGGCGUCCGUGAUCAUUUCUUCUCGCACGUCUCAGCAGGAUAUGAGUCGACGCGACUCAGAUAGCAGUAUCUCAUCGGAUGACUGCUCAAGCCCUAAAACCCCUUCAAGCAAGAGACCAUUGUCAUCUUACUUUUUCUACGGAAGUGGCAAAAAGGAGCCACUCUCUCCCGCCAUUGAAAAUGAUACCCCUGCCAGAAGUAGUGAAGUUGAGUCUGUGGAAGAGGAUACAUUUGGCUUGAAGGACCUAGUUGAUCGUGGCAUCCAUGUCAAAGAGAUUUACACCACUAUGAAGACUAUGGUUGUUCCUGAUGAAAUAUUGAAUCCUAUGCCAUCCAUAAAGUUAGAACGGCCACGUUUUGCAAGAAUCAACUAAAUAUGAGGCCGGUUCCCCUAUUUCGAUUCUUUGGACGUAGAAAAAAGAAACUACAGCAGUAUUCACCCUAUAGUGAUUUGUAUAAUUUUAGCGCGU